AUGUCCGGCAUAGAGAAUCAUGACAAUGACAAUGACAACUAUACAAGGAAAGUACAGCAACAGCCCAAGAUGAUUGUCUUUGAUUUGGAUGGAUGCCUUUGGAAGCCAGAAAUGUACGAAUUGUCUUGGUAUGGCAAAGGAUCUCCAUUCAAGUCGGAUGGCAAUAAUAAGGGCAAUCUGAUUUCGGCAAGUGGCGACAAGGUACAUCUCUUGGGGAAUGUCCGAACCAUCUUUUCCGAGCUUUAUUCUAAUAAUAAUAAUAAUAAUAAUAAGACUAACAAUCGUCACCCACAAGAAUCAUUAUCCACUGCUGCACCAUUGGUGGGGAUUUCUUCGCGGACGGACGAACCGGAUUGGGCGCUAGAACUUUUGGAAAAGUUUCGAUUGGACGAUGGAGUGACUCCCAUGGCAGCAGUCUUUGGCAAUCAUGAUGAUAAUAAUAAUAAGAAGAACAGCAAUAAUAAAUCCCUGAUGCAAAAUGAAAGGAUUGAAAUUUCCUACGACUCCAAGACCAGUCACUUUCAACGACUCUCGGCCAAGACUGGAAUUGCUUUGGAAGACAUGGUAUUUUUUGACAAUGAACGAGGUAACUGCGUCCAAGUGGCCAAAUUAGGUGUGACGGUAGCCUAUGUUCCCAAUGGAGUCACGUCCAAGUUGUACCAAGCGGCCUUGGAUGCCUUUCCAACCACCUCAGGGGAGGUGGUGAACCUAGACAAAUGA